UUUUCGCGUUGUUGGCAAUCAGACCAUUUUUUCCUCCAAGCAAAGAAUACAGAAGUUGGUGAGGAAUUGCCCAGGGUAAUUUGUUAUGACAAUGGAUACAAUACGCUAUUAUUUCAUAUUUUUGGUCAUGUUUCUUGGAGCAGGAAUUCACUUGUCCAUCGCGUUGCAGUGCGACUGCCAGUGGUGUAGUAACAGUACCUGCUACACGGAUGGCCUGUGCUUUGUGUCCUUCGUCAAGUCGGGCAGUAAGAUGGUGGCACAGGGGAGCAGGUGUUUACUGGAGGCAGACCUCAUCCCUAAAGACAGGCCGUUCUUCUGCGCCCCUUCCAAGAAGGAGAACACCGGUGUUGUCCCUGUCUGCUGCAACAGAGACAUGUGUAACAAAGACCUCAACCCAGAAGACUACUCAGAGACAUUCCCCACAGCCCGUACCCCUCCACUGAGCCCAGUGACCCUGGCGGCCGUCAUCGCAGGGCCGGUGUGUGUGCUGUGUUUCGUGCUGCUGCUGGUGUUCUAUGUGUGCCACAGCCGCUCGAUCAUCCACCACCGCGUGCCCAAUGAGGAAGACCCUGCCAUGGACCACCCCUUCCUGGCCGACGGACACACCCUCAAAAACCUCAUCUACGACAUGACCACCUCAGGCUCCGGAUCAGGUCUGCCCCUAUUGGUGCAGAGGACCAUAGCCAGGACCAUCAUCCUGCAGGAGAGCAUCGGAAAGGGGAGGUUCGGCGAGGUGUGGCGGGGCCGCUGGCGAGGAGAGGAGGUGGCCGUCAAGAUCUUCUCAUCCCGGGAGGAGCGCUCGUGGUUCCGUGAGGCCGAGAUCUACCAGACAGUCAUGCUUCGCCACGAAAACAUCCUGGGCUUCAUUGCCGCUGACAACAAAGAUAACGGCACGUGGACCCAAUUGUGGCUGGUAUCAGAUUACCAUGAGCACGGCUCCCUUUUUGACUACCUGAACAGGUACACGGUGACAGUGGAGGGCAUGAUCAAGCUGUCCCUGUCCACCUCCAGCGGCUUGGCUCACCUGCACAUGGAGAUUGUUGGCACGCAAGGUAAACCUGCCAUCGCCCACCGCGACCUGAAGUCUAAGAACAUCCUGGUGAAGAAGAAUGGUACUUGCUGCAUCGCUGACCUGGGAUUGGCUGUCCGCCAUGACUCUGCCACUGACACCAUCGACAUCGCCCCCAAUCACAGAGUUGGAACCAAGAGGUACAUGGCCCCUGAAGUCCUGGAUGAUUCCAUAAACAUGAAGCAUUUUGAGUCAUUCAAGCGGGCAGAUAUCUACGCCAUGGGCCUGGUGUUUUGGGAGAUCGCACGGAGAUGCUCAAUAGGAGGUAUCCACGAGGACUACCAGCUGCCCUACUAUGACCUGGUCCAGCCAGACCCCUCGGUGGAGGAGAUGAGGAGGGUGGUGUGUGACCAGAAACUACGGGCCAACAUCCCCAACAGGUGGCAGAGCUGCGAGGUGCUGCGGGUGAUGGCUAAGAUCAUGAGGGAGUGCUGGUACUCCAACGGGGCGGCCCGCCUCACCGCGCUGCGCAUCAAGAAGUCCCUGUCCCAGCUCAGCCAGCAAGAGGGCAUCAAGAUGUAGACUAGAGGGUCAAGACUGCCUGCCUGUCUGGACUUUCUUUCUGUCCCCAUCGCUAUGUGCUGUUCUCUUCGACAUCUCUUUCUCUGAAGAGGGAGGGAGGGAAUAGUACAAUUCAGGUGGGUGUGUGUACCUUUCAAUGUCUCAUUCCUUCAAGGCUGAUUGGAGAGAUUGCUUCUCUGUUCUUCUCUGAAGAACUGACGCUGGACUUUAUUGGGACCUCCUGUAGGAAUUCCAUUGCAAAUAUUCUGAAUCAAAGAAAAUAUGCAUUGAAAGAAAUUCAAAAUUUUGAUAUACCUCUCUCUUUUAAUUUCUCAAAGUACCAAGGUCGGUGUCUAUUUAAGUGUUUUGUUUAAACAUGAUUAAGUGUUACUUAUAUGAAUUUCUUCAUUUCACUUAAUAUCUUUCACCUUAAAACGUUUAUUUUACAGAUGCCAGAUCCAUAUUUUUGUAUGUGUUUUGUCAAGCAAACAGGACAUGACCUCAUUAAGCUUUGUCAAAUAUGCAGUGAAAUAUGCAAUAUCUUGUUCAUUGCUAUGUAUAUAUGUUCCUUAAAGUGUAUACAGUGCAUUCAAAAAGUAAUCAGACCCAUUGACUUAUUUCACAUUUGUUACGUUACAGCCUUAUUCUAAAUUUGAUUAAAUUGUUUUUUUCCCCACUGAUCAAUCUACACACUACCCAUAAUGACGAAGCAAUUUUUUUGUAUAAAUGUUUGCAAAUGUAUAAAAAAUACUCAACCUCUAUCAGGUUGGAUGAGGAAUGUUGCUGGACAGCUAUUUUCAGGUCUCUCCAGAAUUGUUCGAUCGGGUUCAAGUCCGGGCUCUGGCUGGGCCACUCAAGGACAUUCACAGACUUUUCGCGAAGCCACUCCUGCAUUGUCUUGGCUGUGUGCUUAAGGUCCUUGUUCGGUUGGAAGGUGAACCUUCACCCCAACUGAGGUCUGAGGUCCUGAGCACUCUGGAGCAGGUUUUCAUCAAGGAUCUGUCUGUACUUUGCUCUGUUCAUCUUUACCUCGAUCGUGACAAGUCUCCCAGUCCUUGCCACUGAAAAACAUCCCCAGAGCAUGAUACUGCCACCACCAUGCUUCACCGUAGGGAUGGCGCCAGGUUUCCGCCAGAUGUGACGCAAUCUUGGUUUCAUCUGGCCACUCUACCAUAAAGGCCUGAUUUGGUGGAGUCCUGCAAAGAUAUAUAUAUUUUUUUAUAAUUUAAAAGUUUACAACCUUUUUCUCCCCAAUUUUCAUGGUAUCUAAUUGGUAGUUAGUCUUGUCUCAUCGCUGCAAUUCCCAUACAGACUCGGGAGAGGUGAAGGUUGAGAGCCGUGCGUCCUCCGAAACACAACCCAGCCAAGCCGCCCUUCUUCUUGACACAAUGCCCACGUAACCCGGAAGCCAGCCACACCAAUGUGUCGGAGGAAACACCAUACACCUGGCGACCGUGUCAGCGUGCAAUGCGCCCGGACCGCCACAGGAGUCACUAGAGGGCUCAUGGGACAAGAACAUCCCUGCCAGUCAAACCCUUCCCUAACCCUGACGACGCUGGGCAAAUUGUGCGCCACCCCAUGGGUCUCCCGGUCGCGGCCGGCUGCGACAGAGCCUGGACUCGAACCAGGAUCUCUAGUGGCACAGCUAGCCUUAGACCACUGCACCACUUGGGAGCUCUGUCAGAGUGACCAUUGGGUUCUUGGCCACAUCCAUGACCAAGGCCCUUCUCUCCCGAUUGCUCAGUUUAGCCGGGUGGCCAGCUCUAGGAAGAGUAUUGUUGGUUCCAAACUUCUUUCAUUAUAAGAAUGAUGAAGACCUUCAAUGCUGCAGACAUUCUUUUUUUUACCCUUCCCCAGAUCUGUGCCUCUACACAAUCCUGUCUCAGAGCUCUAGGGACAAUUUCUUCAACCUCAUUUUUGCUCUGACGUGCACUGUCAUCUUAUAUAGACAGGUGUGUGUCUUUCCAUAAAAUUUCCAAUCCAUUUAAUUUACCGCAGGUGGACUCCGUUCAAGUUGUAGAAACAUCUCAAGGAUGAUCAAUGGAACCAGGAUGCACCGGAGCUCAAUUUCGACUCUCAUAGCAAAGGGUCUGAAUACUUAUGUAAGUAAGGUUUUUCUGUUUUUUAUUUUUAAUAAAUGUGCAAAACGUUCGAAAAAGCUGUGUUCGCUUUGUUGUUAUAGGGUAUUAUGUGUAGAUUGAUUAGUGGAAAAUGUAUUUAAUCCAUUUUAGAAUAAGGCUGUAACGUAACAAGAUGUGGGAAAAGUCAAGGGGUCUGAAUGCUGAAUGCACUUUAUAUGAGUGGUUGAAUAUGGGUGUACUCUAUUCCAAUGCAUUUGGUGUGUGUGUGUGUGUGUGUAUACAAGUGUACAUUCUGUAUGUAUGUGUACAUGCAGUACAUCUACGCUGAUAGAUAUACAUGUACCUCUAUUUUAUACAAACUGCUCUUUUGUUAUUUCAACCAUAACCAGGAAGUUCUCUGAAUCAGUCAUCCAAUCAUAUGUUAAUGUAGUAGUAGGAGGUUCUCUGAACAAAUGGCUCCUCCCACUGCCAUAGGGAAUGAUGCAGUGGAGAUCAGGGUCAUAUUCAUUAGGCAUCAAACGGAAGAAAAUAGACUGAAACAGGGUGGGUCUACCUGGACUAAAUGUAUCUAAUAAGAUACAUGUAUCUAAUAAGAUACAUGUUUUUAAACAUUUUGCUAAGGUGUGCACUAAUGAAUACAACCCAGGGUUGCCAUUAGGCCUAAGCAACACCAUGAUACCAGUUUACCGGUCACUCUUCUCAGCAGUAAUGCAUCCUGUACAGUUUUAAGGGAAAGCAUUGAUGGAGCUACAUUAUGUAGGCUUUUUUAUUUCCUGUAUACUUGUAUUGGUUUUAUGUCAAUGAGUUUUCACAUAUCUACGGGCAUAACAUUUCAAACAAGAAUGUACAUUUGUAUAUCUUAGAGAUGUGUACAGCUCUACCUUGACAGUGAGAAAGCCCAUUGAGACCUAUUCAGGUCCUGUAGUUGAUCUUUCAUUGUUGGCAUGAAAGAAAAAACGAAAUGUUACUUUAUUAGUUGGUAAUAUCCUUAUGCUUUUAAACUUAUAGAUUUGAUCAUGUGACCUCACUUCUUAUUUUCCAAUAGGACAAAACACAGUAAACAUGAAUUUAAGUGAGUAAAGGAAAUUCUGUAGACAUUGUUUCGUAUCGCUUCAGCAGUAAGGAAUGCACUUUAGGGCAUUGUUGCCUUACAUGAUAAUAAAUAAAAAAAUCCUAAUCCCAAAUAAUAGGAGUACAGUACGAUGACUACAGUACGAUGAGGAGAGUUCAGAUGGAUGUCGUCAAUAAGUGCCAUGGCAUUUUGUUUGACGAGUAGUGUUAUUUUUUUAUAUAUAUUUUUUGACAAAGGCACAUGUAUUCAGAUCUGCUACUGGUUUGGCUUUUGUCUUUCAGCAGGUUUACAGCAUAACCUGCUUUAACCAACCAAAACACCCUUUAAAUGUUGUGCCAUACAUAGAAUGCAGAAUUGGUCAACCAGUCAUCAUGUGGAUGAAAAACAAUAGAUUGUGUUUUUUGGUCACAUUCAUCAGACUUGAGGUGAAGAAUAUUGCUGCUAUAAUAUACUGUUUAUGUUGAACCAAAAAAGUAUUAUUUUACAGUGGAACACAAGAUGCAACCGUUGUCAUUUACUCAUCCAAACAUGUUACUUUCUACCACAUUCUUCUGUCUCAAAUCACCAGCAGCCUUUCACUUUCUGAAGCUAGAAACAUCCAGGUAUUCCUCUCAGCAACAUCAACAGCCUCUGAGUCCCUAUCAGCAGGACUCCACUAACUAUGCUCACUAUCUGCUAGUCUAGUCUUCACCAGGAACCUUGUAUUUACCCCCUCCAAUGUCAAUGUUUUACGAUAUUUCCUUUCCCAAUUGUUCUAUAAUCUACAAAUGUGGUGUGUUCUGUAUGUCAUGUAUGGUGCUUUAUAGCUGUAUACUGUACCAUUCCCCGUUUAGUUUAACUAGUGUGUGUAACUGAAUUCCCCAUUCUGCCAGUGAUACAGUAUGUAGCCAUCAUUAUACAGGCAUGAUUACUGCUGUCACUGACCUGAACUCAAGCACUAAACGAGGAAGUGGCCUGCAGUUGUGUACUGAAUGAGAUGCUCUGAUUAGCAGAAGGGGAAAAAGACCAGUGAGGCAGGCAGCAAGGCAUUCAUAUUUAGUAGUGGGCUUCUGAUGCAACCGCAAAAUUGGAAUUGAUAUUUAAGCUCUGCUGUGUAGUACAGAUUGUGAAACAGAAUUUAAAAAAUGUUUCUGGUAAGCAAACCAUUGUGAAACGUACAGUGUUUGAUAAUUGGGAUCCAACCUGAAAGUUCUGUCGUGGAAAAUUACAAAAUCAGUCAUGCUAUCCUGUGUUUUACUUGGAGAAUUGUCCAUGUGUUAUAUGCUAUUGUUUUUCUUGCUGAUGUAGCCUCGUCUUGUCUGACUUAGUCAUAAGUCUGGGCGUACAGAUAAGAGCUGGGUGCAACCGCAGUAUGUGACAUCCCGUUUGUACUAUCUGCAGGAACUCCUCUGUGUGUAAACUUGCAGGAAGUAACAGACAAUGGUGGCGACGUCAGCUAUCUUAAUCUGCACAGACAAGCUAAACGCCUCUUAUACACCAUGUUCCCCACCCCUGUUUGCACACAUCUGCUAACUGCCACAUAGACAAAGUGGAUGGACUUUUCUCUAAAAGCUGAGAGCCACUGUUCGUUGGGCUUUUAACUGCACUGUUGAGUGGAUUGUUGACCGCUCCAUUUUUGCAAAUCUCAUAAUAAAAUUGUUGUUUGAAGAAUUUAGUCUCUCGUCCCUUAUGGUUAGAAUUUCCACUACAGUUCCCUUGACAUCUUUAUCACAUGUUCUACAGUAGCUUUUCAGUGUCAAGUAGCUGCAGUAUGUGGCUCCAGUACAAAAGAGCCUUCUUAUUUCUCCCAAUGCCUACUUUUGACUUCUCAAGAAUAUUAUAUGGAACCAUAUUCAAAGUCUACCAUAUGUGCUCCCAUGAUUCUGCUGAAAAGGGAGGAAAUGAAACAAUGUGACGUUUGACUAAAAAGUAAAAACACAAUCUAAAGAUGUUAACUAUACCUCCUCAACAGACCAAUGUUUUUUUUUUAUUAUAAUUUACCUCAAUGUACAUAAUACUUUAUCUACCACGUUUUACAUUUUAUUUUUUAUGAAAUGUCUAAUAAAAAGUAUAUUUCUUUAUUUGA